AUGGAACGAAACACAAGUUCUCCCACAAUAACAGCUGGCUUGUGUAGUGCUUCAGAUGACGCAGAUACUUAUUUGAAGUGCUUUGUUACAAAAUCACCGUUGGAGGCAAUGGCACAACGAUUCGGUCAUGUAGUUCGAGAAUUCCAGAUCAACCUGCCGCCUCAAAUAAACAACGGAUGUGAUAGUUUACAAUAUUCUAGUAGUUUUACCACCUUUCAAGUUAAUCCCAACACUACUACCUCAUCAUCAUUAAUAUAUCCUUAUUUUACUUCCAUCCCCACACUCCACUACCAUAAUGCUACCACCACCACGACAACAACUACAACAACUACGAUAGCAACUUCUACCGUUAUCGGUAACAUUUUACAGGAUGGUACUGCAAACACUACUUCUAAACUCCCUCUAUUUCUGUCGAAAUUAUGUGAAACAGAUGCAAUAUCGGAAAAUCUGUCUAAUAUUACGUCAUUUAAUGCAAUGAAGCAAAAGAGUAGUCAAGAAUCAUCAAACGUGAACUAUACUAAUGAUAUGAAUGAAAAUUCUAGUGAUCCUUUUGUAUCACCGUAUGUUGAGGCAUUAAAUUCAAUACAGCAUUCAUCGCAUGAAAAACAAAACUUACGAAAUCCUUUUUGUACUAAAUCGAACUAUUUAGAUAGUUUCCAUGCGAAUCCAUUAAAUAAAACAUGUGAGUGUGAAUUCCACUCAUUUCUAAAUGAACCUACAAAUUAUGGUUUGAAUUUAUCAUUUCCAAAUGAUAAAACGACUCAUCGAGAAACAUCAUGUCUUAAUUUUGAAAACUGUCACCAUAAUCUUAUAAGUGGAAGUAAUAACUGUGAUAUGUCAAAUUCAAACAAUUUAUCAAUGUUUGAGUAUAAAAACCGCUCAUAUCCCCACAGUUUAAUAAAUUCAAAUCUCCAUUCUCCUAAAUCUGAUCAAACUGAAGCAUAUUCAUCAUUAAUAUCGAAUAAUUUUACAGAAGCAUAUAAUUGUUUGACUCAUUCUGUAAAAUAUCCAAAUGUAUCUUCAAAUAUUUAUUUGAAUAAGUCAGUACCCAUUUAUUGGUCAAGUGAUUGUAAUAAUCCAAAUGUGAAACCACCAUUUUCUUACAUUACACUGAUUGUUUCAGCAAUGAAUUCAAAAUUAUCAAAAAAAAUUACAUUGAAUGAAAUUUAUGCAUGGAUUAUGCACACAUUUGCUUAUUAUCGUAAAAAUACAAGAAGAUGGCAAAAUUCCAUAAGACAUGCAUUAUCGUUCAAUGAUUGUUUUAUUAAAGUACCACGUCCAUCUGGUGAAGCUGGUAAAGGUUCUUAUUGGACAGUGCAUCCAUUAGCUAUAGACAUGUUUGAUAAUGGUUCAUCAAUGCGACGUAAUCGUAAAUUUAUUGACGAGAAUCGUUAUCGUCAUAAUCAUAAUCAUAUGAAUGAAAAAAAGCUUUCAUCUAUUAAAAAUUCGGGAAUGAAUUUAUUAAAUCAUCAUCCUCCUCCUCCUCUUCAACAUCAUCAUAGUCAUCACGAAUCACAAAUAAACAUGAACAAAGAUGAUAAUGAUCAAUUAUCAAUUAUAAUUACAAAUAAUGAUAAACAAAAUGAUCUUAUGGCGGAUUAUUCAAAUCCACACGAUCAGCAUCAUCAUAAUGAAGAUACUGUGGAUAUUGACGGUUAUAUUAAUAGUUUUACCAAGAAAAUGAAACAAUCCACAAUAUACAACAAUGAUAACAAUAUGGGCAAUAAUAAUUCUAAUUAUAAAGAUGAUUAUAUAAAAACAAUAACAAUGUUGAAUCAAAUAAAAUCACCUUGUACCAUAGAGAAUUCAUGGAAAAAUUUGUCAUCGGAUACAUUAGAUUGUUUAAAUGAUCGCAUUCAGCAUAUCUGUGGUAAUACUAACAAUAUAAAUAGUAAUAAUAACAGUAAUCAUGAGACUUCUCCAUAUCUCCCUCAUUGCUCCUCUCACAAUUACCAGAAACAGAAGAAGGAGGAUUUAAAUGUUGAUGAAAAUUAUUCACGCAACGAUUACAAAUGUGAUAUGGUUUUAUCGUCAUCAUCAUCAUCGUCAUUGUUAUCUUCUUGCCCCUCCUCUUGUUCUUCUUAUUCUAGUUCCUCCUCCAUUGCUACUGUUGCUCUCCAUCCUUUACCAACCACUUCAACAUUCAUCCAUAAUCCAAGUCAUAAUCACCGUGAUAUUCAAUGUGAUUAUCCAUGCAUUAAUCAUUCUAAAAUUCAAUUAACUUUGUUGAAUAAUUCUUAUCAGAAAUCUAUACAGAAUUUGAUCAAUUCACAGAAUAUUGCUAAUCAAUUCAGUGAUAAUAAUCAUGAUAAUAACAACUGGAAUCUAAUUAAUGUCAAAAAUGAAAACAGUAAUCAUACAAAUGACAAUACCGAUUACAAUGACAAUGAAUACAGUACACUGAAUUCGAUAGAUAGUAAUAAUGCUGACUUAUUAUCACGAAAUACAAUUAAAUGGUAUGAAGAGUUUGCUUUGAAUCAAAUAUUCUAA